AUGGCGCAGCGAUACAGUGAGUUCGUUCCUUCGACGUUCGCUCCACCCACGGCUCUGCUAGAGGCUCCAGAAGAUCUUGGGGGGCAAUCUCCAUCCCGGCCUUCGGCACCGCGCGACGACUUGCUGCAACAAUGGAUAUCUCCGGGAGCGACAUUGUAUGUGAAUCCUAUCUGUUCACAGAUGGACCAGAUGCUUCUGAAGUGCGAGGAGAUCGAAUCUGUGCUGGCCCUUUUGGUGACGCAUCGUGGCGUUUUCUUCGUCCACAACCUGGUCACCGCGAUCCAGGUGCUUGCUUCGUUGGCUGAGGACACCAAGGACCCCAUGGAAGUGAACCGUCUUCUACGAGAUCCGAGAUACGACGUCCUGUUGCGCGACCUUUUUCACUUCGUGCCGAAGCUCGACUUCCUGGCAAUGACGAAUGUGGCCUGCAGUCUUCAACAGUUGGACCACAAGUGUGUUGCAGUCCUGUCCCAUUCGCCAGUGCAGCUUCAUGCUAUUGCAGGCACAGGCGCACUCUGCCUGCUGAAGUCCAGGGCAGCACUAAGGGGUCGAAGGACGCUGCAAAGGGACUGCCUUGGUAAACAGCCCCUGGCAAUCGUGGCUGCAGAUACAGCAGAGUCAGAGGCUGGUCGUGGACGGCGGCUCCUGGCGGCUGAAGACCUGCCAAGUGGUACAGAGAUCCUGGCGGAGGAUCCUGUCAUCCAAGUGUCAGGAGAAAUGGGGAUGGAUGCAGUGGCUCGGGAGCUGCUAGAUCUGGAUCCAGUCAUGCAGGAAAGCUUGCUGGAGCUUUGCCAAUCCUCCCCGCUUCCUGCAGAUGAGCUGGCCAGCAUCGAAGACAUUUCUGGCGAUGACGAUCGGCUGCUGGCAUUGUUGCGAGUUUUCCUGAUAAACAGCCUCUUAGUUGUGUUGAAGGUGUCGAAAACUGGGCAUCUGCGUCUUGUCACGCUGAGACCUGUGGAGUGCAAGGAUGAGAUCCUGGUCUCCUACCUGCCAGAAGGAGCCCUUCUAAGGCCACAAAGUGUGCGGCGGCGCCUCCUGGAAAGAUGGGGCUUUGACUGUGGCUGCGGCCGCUGUCAGACGCCAGAUGAUGUUCGAAUCCUUGUCUCCACUGGACAAGCGCGGGUCGGGUGGAGGACCUCAUGGGCUCAAACGGCUCCAGUGGUGGCGGUUCAUAUCCGCAGCCGCGAGCCCGGCGAGGACAACGACGACUGGCCGACGGACGAGACGCCUCCGCAGGACUUGCUGGCCAGCUUGACAAAGUGUAUCGAGCAGGCGGUGCAGCUGGAGUUCGGGGACGUGAAGGGCUGGGAUGUGUACUUGGCCGCGACAACGCAGAAGGCCCACAAAGUGGCAGCUGACCAUUUGAAGAGCUCUCCCAACCUGAGAAGGAUCCUCUCUCUCCCAAAGAUCGAGCAUAACCGCCGAACGGGCGCGGGCUCGGUGGAUGCCAUGGCGGAGGCGUUGCUCAUAUCUCGUGCUGACAUCUUCAUCAGAUUCGUGGCCACGUUGGCACCACGGGAUUCAGCGAUUGGCCCAGACUUGUCCGGAGAUACCUGGGAGAUGGGGCCAUAG